UAUAAUAUAUUUCCUCCUUUCAGUGGUGAACAUUGGAAAUGUAUUUUCACAAAGAAGCCAUAACAAACUUAGACGUUCAGAUGGUUCAAUGCCUAACCUAAAACAAAGGAUAACGGGACUUGAAAUACAACAACGAUACUUAGAUUACAAUCCAUGUCUUCCAAAUCCAUGUCAAAACGACGCAUUUUGUGAAAGUAAAGAGUAUGAUUACAAUUGCAAAUGUAAACAAGGUUACAAAGGAAAGAACUGUGAAAAAGCUAUAGACCAAUGUUUUCCAAAUCCUUGUAAACACGAAGCUGUAUGUUGGAAUAAAGUAAAUGAUUACGAUUGUAUAUGUAAACCUGGUUACCAAGGAAGGAACUGUGAUAUAGUUAACAAUCAAUGUCUUCCAAAUCCAUGUCAAAACGACGCUUUUUGUGAAAGUAACGUGAAUGAUUACAUUUGCAUAUGUAAACAAGGUUACAAAGGGAAAAACUGUGAAAAAGCUAUAGACCAAUGUUUUCCAAAUCCUUGUAAACACGAAGCUGUAUGUUGGAAUAAAGUAAAUGAUUACGAUUGUAUAUGUAAACCUGGUUACCAAGGAAGGAACUGUGAAAUUGGAUAUUCGUAUUAUUAAAUUUAUUAUCGCAAAAAAAAAUAUUCUUCAAAUUGUUAGUAUGGCUUUCUUCAUCUUUUGUUUCUCAAUAAUACCCAAUGAGAAAUGGUUCGGAAUCAACCAGUUAAAAAUAUUAUUUGUUCGACAUAUAAUAUAUAUUUUAAAUAAUGUAAGAGUAAAAUCUAUGUCUAUCCUAAAAUCUGUGUCCUAUGACGUCAUGAAACACAUAUAUGUGGCUCAUUGUUUUACAAAUCUGUGUUUUUAUAGACUCGUUCGCUAUGCCCGUGUCUGUUGUGGCGUUUUUGAUUUCGAUGAACGUAUUACUGGUAAAUUAUUAAGUCAGGGAUUUCGUUACCACAAAUUAC